UUAGUCACCACACCGUCCUACAGUCGAGAUAGAAGUAUGGACACUUGGUAGUUUAGACUCACCUAGCAGUACAGUGUUAUCUUAUCUUAUCUGUUAGAGCGGGAGGAUAAUCAAACUAUGGAGAUAGUGAAGUACAGCCAUUUACGGUCAGAUUUAUAGGUGACUUGCACGCGACAGCUUCUUUGGAGUAACUGUUACUUUGGCUUCUGCACGUCUUGCUCAUAGAAGAAAAAUGACAGUUUUUUGGAAUAACAAAAUGUGGAUCGUACUGUUUGCCAUUUUUGAGUUGGUAGUGGCAAACUAUUCUGAAGACCAGUGCAGCUGGAGAGGAAGUGGCCUCUCCCAGCAACAAGGCAGCGUGGAGCAGAUCUCCCUCCACUGUUCCGAGGGUACUUUAGACUGGCUGUACCCUAAGGGGGCGCUCCGCCUGACCCUGUCCCCGCGCCUGCCGUCCGCGGCAGUGGGGCCCGGGAGCAGCAGCUCAGGCCUCAUCACGGCCUGCGUCAAGCCCUCGGAGCACUUCCACGGGGCUCAGCUGUACCUGGAGAGAGACGGAGUCUUGGAGCUCCUGGUGGGGGAUCGGCUGGAGACGUCUCCCCCGCCGCGGGUGCGCUGUUUCAGCCGCCUGCCCGGGGAAAGGGUGGCCCUCUUUCUCCAGGCUACGCCGCACCAGGACAUCAGUCGCAGGAUUGCGUCCUUCCGCUACGAGCUGAGAGGGGAUUGGACGGCGCGGCUGUCACUCGACUCCAGCCCAAUCAGCAGUGAAGGUGCUUGCAGACCUUGCAACAACACAGAGAUCCUAAUGGCUGUCUGCACCAGCGACUUUGUUGUACGAGGGAACAUCCGGGCGGUACAGGAGGAUGAGGAUCUGCGGGCGGCCGUGAUCAAGGUCAGCGCGACCCGAGUCUUCCGUCAGAAGUACGCCCUGUUCACCGGCGUGGGCCGUCUCACCCAGUCGGGGGAGAUUCGUACCCUUCUGCAGUGUGGGGUCCGGCCUGGACCAGGAAGCUUCCUCUUCACCGGCCGGGUCCACUUUGGCGAGGCGUGGCUUGGCUGCGCCCCCCGUUACAAGGACUUCCAGCGGGCCUACACCAUGGCCAAAGAGGCCCAGGAGAUCCCCUGUGAACUGGAUGUAGACUGAACCGACCAGAACUUGAGCCUUCAGCUUUCUGUAACACUGAACCAAGGCUGUCCUGGGAGGCAAGCCUGAUCGCUGCACCCCCCCUGACCUCCAGCAACCCUCAGACAAGGGUUGAUGUGUGACGAAGCCUGUAGUGUGCAACUGUGGGAAGAUGCCACCAUGAUGGCUCCAGUGGAUCCUGCCCUGUAAAAGCAUGGAGAAGUUCCCUGUCUGGUUGCAUAGCACCACUCCCAGUGCAAUAUGCCAUCUGGUUUACAAAGACCUACGAAGGUGUGAAACAGGCAACAUGGUGGAUUGUGGCUCCAAAUCAUUUGGCAUUGGCAGGAUGUUAGGAAUUUCUCCAGAUUUCGCAGUUUAUUUGGUUCAAAUGUCCCAGAUAGAAUGAAUGGCAUGAUUUCAGGUACAUUUGUGAUUGUGUCUUAUGAAACUCAGGAAAAUAUAUGAGAAGUUUUAUGAAGAUUGUUAUUCAUUGUUGAACUGAAAUCCCAGUGUUUAAAGGCUUAAAAGUGGCCAUCAGUGUUUCGCUGUUUUGAAUUCAUGAACAGUUUAAAAAAAAGUAAUUGCCAUGAUAAAUGCCAUGUAUCUGUAGCUAUCAUUGAGAGACCAUUCUCGAUGUUACUGUUCUUUAUGUGGAGAUGAAGAAUAGUUAUUCUUUUGAAAUGUUGUCAUUGAAAAUAUGAAUUUGCACUGAUUAGGGAAAGGGACUGAUCUGGAAAGCCUGGUUCUGCAAGCACUGAAAACCAAAUAAAAAGCAACUAUAUGUAGCAUAGACGGGCGAUAAGAACGUAAUAUAUGACCAGACGAUGCUAGCGCAUAAUUAGCGCUAGGCUAGAGCUAGCAUAGCAGGAUGGAUGCUAGCGACGCUUGGCAAGCUAGUGCUGAGAGCACUUUCACAUGUGUAGCCAACUCUGAGAUUCUUUUUCUCUUUGUACACACAGGGUCAUUCUGAAACCUCAGAUCUCUGUAUAAAGAUGUUAUAAAAAUGUCUAUGAUGAACAUUUCAGCAUUUUCAUUGCUUGCUGUUGUGUUAGGUAUUUACGUUAUACUUUUGGCCAUGCUAUGUCUGCAAAAAAAUAAUGUGUUAUUCCAUUUGACUGAAGAGAUUUGGUUUUAUAGCAUUCAAUUUCGGUCGAUCCAUUACUUUGCAGCACUGUUGCCAAAGCAGCUAUUUUGUCACCUUUUUGUAUGUAAUCUUCAACAAAACUUAACGUUGUACAAACAUAACUGUUAAUGGGAGUUUAACUGGGUAUGAUGGUCUAGGGAAAAAAUACAAUGGGUUAGAUGUUGUUGGUCAAAAAUAUGUUAGUUAUUUUCAUACAAUAACAACUACACUGCCAUGCCUGAUAAAUAUAUGGAAUAUACUCUUUCCAAACAACAAGUGCAUUUCCUAUAUCUGGACUUGGCUAGCAAAAAGAGUUCCGCUGCAUUGGUUAUUCAACUGACUGUCCUAAGUGCACUAUAGAAAUGAAGGGAAAGGGGUUAAUACCAAAUUAACACGUGCUGGAGCGGUAUGUUAGAAUAAAAAGCUAUACUGCCAUUUUGUGUGAUUUUUGCUCUUGUUGUUUCAAUGUCUUCUAUUUGAUGAAAAUCAAUGUAAAUAUGUAAAUAAGAUAUUCUAGAGGAAAAAAAAUGUUAUUAUGGUGGAAAAACAUUGUCUGGAAAUUAUCAUCUGUAGGCCUUUGUGUGGCUAUAUUAAAUUGUUGAAAAGAA